AUGCACAGGGCGUCCGCAUCAUCAUCAUCAGCAGCAGCAGUGCACGGCCGCAGUCAUCUUCGGCCGCUGGCGCGCCUCUUGUGCUGUGCCAGCCGCGUCCAUCGCACGCUGCGCGCGCUCGGGCUGACAAGCGAUGGCGACGACCCCGCGAGCGUGUCUCAGGCACUGGCGUGCUCGUGCGCUGCGGUCGGCGUGUUGCUGGUGCUUCUGGUGAUCAGCCUCGCCGCACUGGUGGUGGUGCUGGUCGUUGUGGUGCCUGAUGCGCGGCAGCAUCUUUCGUCGAGGAUGGGGCCACUGCUGGACCUCGACACCAAGCGAGGCGGCCACACCGCCGCGUCUGGCGCCUCUGCAGUUGAUCUCACGAUGCGUCGCCUGGUGGCCAGCGAGGGUCUCGAAGCGUUCUUGCGCGAGACCGACCGCGUGGCGGCGCUGCGUCGGCGUGUCCAGCGCAACGCGACGCUCUUGGCGGCACUGCGCAAGGCGAACGCGGCCCGUGGCAAGGACGGGGGGCACGGCUUGGACCUUGUCAGUCUUGCGCAGACGCUCCCGGAGCUGGAGUAUCUCUCUUUCCUGCUCGCUCAAGUAGGCGCUCAUGUUCGGGCGGUGCAGGAGCACGACCCGGUGAUGGGGCUUGUGGAGCUGAGCGAUUUCCUGCUCAACGCCAAGGGCCGAAGGGAGGCGCUGGAGAAGGCUGCAGAGCGUGUGCGCGGUGAGUUGGCGAACGCGACGCCGGCUGCGGGUGGCGCAUCAGCCAUCGGGGAUGCUGCGACGGAGUGGAACGCGGCGCUGAAGGAGUUGUUUGCGGGGCGCUCAGAGGCGGCUCGCCUGCGUGCGCAGCUGCGCGGCUUCGUCGGUGUCUCUUCCGCUGCGACGGAGCGGCUGACCGAGCAGCCUUUCGACGACCUUGCGCUGCUACAGUACCGACACGCGUGGGUGCAGUCGGAGGUUCUGCCGAUCAUGCGUGCCCGCUUGCGUCGCGCUGGUGCACGAGGCGGCGAGGGGGGCCCGACGGCGGCGGUGCUUCGCAACAAUGCCGCCAGCCACACACUACCGAACAGGGCUGUGCAUGCAAGCUCGGCCCCGUUGAGGCCGCAGGACGUCGCAAACCGCAUGGCGGUGAAGGUGGACCUGUACGAGGUUGCCUCCAUCUUCAACCACAUCCACUACUACCCGCUGCGUCGCUACAGCGCUCUCCGCCCCUACGGCGGCGACUCGGUUGCCGACACGGACGCGUGGUAUUCCGCCAUCGCCGCCGUCGUGCAGACUCGCUUCGGCGUCCCGAUCACCUCCAACACGGCACAGACCGCCGAGGCGGCAGCGCUGCCGCUCAUACAGCGCGACUCGCUCCUCUCCGUUCUCGCACUGCCGCGUCUGGGGCUGGAGCGCGCGGACGAGGUGGAGCACCUGUACACUCGAGAAGAUCGCCGGCUGAUGCCGCACGCGCUGAAGUCGAACGCUGCAGAAAACACGCACACCAUCUUUGUGAGCGUUGCGAGCUACCGUGACAUGGAGUGUGCGCCGACGCUGCUGAGCCUGUUCCGCACGGCGCGCAACCCGCACCGCUUGUACGCCGGUGUUGCUCAGCAGAACCGUCCCGGCGACUCGCCGUGUCUCGCGCCAGAGCUGUACACCCCUUACCUGUGCCCGUCCGACGGUGCGCGGGGCGCUGCGGCCGCCGAUGGCGGCUCCGACGCCGCGCGUGAAGUGCGGGCACGUGCGCGCACGCUGUAUGGCAAGGGCGUGGACAUGACGAAGAGCGCGAAAGGCCCCGAAGCUCGCUCCUUCGACGAGCGCGUCUGCUUCCUGGCGGAGCAGGUGCGCUUGCGCGUGAUCGACGCCAAGCAGGCGAAGGGGCCGACGUAUGGCCGCUACAUGGCGAUGCUGCUGUACCGUGGCGAGGACCUGGCGCUGGUCCUGGAUUCGCAUAACCGGUUCCGCCCCAUGUGGGACGCCCUCGGCGCAACGAUGCUGAGGCGCAUGGAGGACCCGAAGGCGGUGCUGUCGCACUACCCGGAGGCCUACGAUGGCGGCAAGGUUGCCUUCCAGCCGUACCGCACGACAACGGCAUAUCUCUGCAGGGCACAUUUUAUGAUGAACUUCGGCUACCUGCGGCUCAACGCCAUCGUGAUCAGGGCCGCGUCGGAGUUCGCAAAGAACAACGGCUACAACGACCCGUACGUGCGACCCCCGUCGUCGGCAAAGGACUCAGCCACGAACCACCGCCUGCCGCAGCCUUGGGUGGCGGGUGGCUUCUUGCUGUCGUCCGGCACCAUCUUCCGCGACGUCCCCUUCGAUCCGCACCUGCCGUACAUCUUCGACGGCGAGGAGGUACUGUACUCGGUGCGGCUGUGGACGCACGGCUACAACAUUUACUCCCCCAUGCGCGGCAUAUGUUUUCAUAUUUACACCCGCUCGUCGGCGCCGAAGGUGUGGUCGGAGUCGCCUCAGUGGUACGCCAAGCAGACACACGUGCGCCAACGAAUCCAAUUCUUCCUCCAGGCGCACCCGCUCGACAAGGAGGACGUGCUCGUCCCGGCGAACACCACAAACCCCCACGUCAUCAUCGACUCGAGCCGCUACGGCAUGGGCAAGCAGCGGACCGUCGCGCAGUGGUACGACUACGCCGGUGUAGACCCCAUCAAGUAUGAACUAGAUGGACGCUGGUGCGGCACGGACAAGCCCGAUUAG